AUGACCUUGGUCGCCCGUGACCCAACCGAUCCGGAACAGGAUUUGGCAACUAGCUUGCCUGGCGACGGAAAUGGAGAUGGAGAUGGAGGCGACGAGGCUCCUGGCCAACCCGACCAGCCUGAUCUAACUGACUCUAGCUCAAUAUUGACGGCGGACGCCACUUCGCCAUCAACCGACAAUGAAAGCAUUACAGAUCCGGCUGGCUCCAGCUCAAUGUUGACGGCGGACGCCACUUCGCCAUCGACUGAUGACCCUAGCCCAUCCGAUCCGUCUGUGAGCAUGGCCGCGACAGCCACUGCCACGGUGACAGCGACAACUACUGUGGGCUCGUCCUCAUCCAUGUCAACCACAACUCCAGUCGCAGGUACGACGGUGACGGCCACAGUAACGCAAACUCAGACCGGUUCCACGCCCCCAUCCACGCCCACGUCCACAUCCGGAGCGACCACAACGGGACAGCCAUCCACCAUAAUCGUGAUCAGUACGGUAUCGGUAGGAGACCAGCGCAACACAUUGAUACAACCACAGCCGAGCGCCCCGCCGACGACCACGCAGACGGCGUCGAAGGUAGAUGUGGGAACAGUCAUGAGGGUACUUGCGACGCGGACGUUCGACCCUAGAAUCCCCAUCCCUUCACAGACGUGUCCUCGUAUGGCACUGGCAGCACUGGCGUUCUGGCGCGACUUCUGCGGCUUCGAUGGUAUCAAGGAUGGUUGGUGCUGGGCGAGGGCGCCAUCGAUCGAUCGGUGCUGCGGCGCGUGGUAUCCCGUGGACGACGACCGGGCGAAGAAGUGGGGCCCAGUCUAUGAAAAGGACGGGAAAAAGAAAGAUGACAAGGGCAGACAGAUGUGGAAGGUCAAGAAGGACCGCAAAAUGAAAGGGUCCAAGAGGAUGGAGAGGAAGGUGGUCGAGCCGGAAGAGGGCCAGUACGACCUCGACGACAGUCAGGUUUGUAAAAGGUGGUCGAUGGCCCACGUGGAAAUGUACCGCUUCUAUACCCAGUAUUUCGGCGCGUUCGGCAUCGAGGAUGUCAACGAACGCGGCAUCAGCUACACCAGUGGCAAAUGGGGCUCCUGGGGAGACCAUGACGGCUGGAAAGGCGUACAAAAGGGGCCCGACAACAUGAUCGCCAAACCUUUGCCCGACGACCUAAAUCCCGACUGUUACUGUGACGUCCAUUACAGGGGCAAGAAAAGCUGCUUGUGCAGAUCGGAAUUCGAAAACUGA